UUCUCAAGAUAAACGUCACGCCGUGGUGUCUCUUCUCGAUCAGUGUCCGCAUCAACUGAACGCAGCUAUGUGGGACUCAAAGAAAGGUCGUGUCGCUGUUGGCUGUGGAGUCAUGGUCGCCGUUUCGGUUCUAGUUGGAUUGGUCAUUUACUACGCAUCCAAAAACCACAUAAUGGAGAUGGGGAUGGCUUCCAGAAAUUGCAAAGCCCAUUCUAUCGGCAAGCCUACCAACUAUGUUGUCCUGGAAGGGAUAGCAGCAUUGAUUGAGACUGAAAACAUAAAUAACUUUGACGUGAAAUUCGAAGCAUUCUGUAUUCUUCUUCUGUCUAAGAAAAAAGGCAACUUUGUCAUGAGCGCUGCAAGUCGAUUACGACUAGGAACUCGGUCAGAGGAAAUGCUGUUACCAGAGGUGGUGCUUCUGGAUAAAGAAUUUGAGAAGCACCGUUUUAAAUGCCACGAGAAGCUCGCCGACACGCCGUUUGCAACACGCUGCCUGAAGAAGCUUAAGAUUGUCAAAGAUGAAUUAAGUUGUGACUCAGAAGCUGCUUCGUCUGAAGAUAGCCAAGCAUUUUGCCCAAAGUUCUUGAAUAUCUUUAUCAAAAAGUAUGCUUCUUUAAUACCUCUGUGGACAGGGAUGAUGUCCAAGGAAAGGGGAGACCCGACCUCUUCUGUAAAUACAAAUGCAGAUGUCGAGAGCCACUUCAAAGACAAAAAGAAUACAGUUCAUAAAAUUUCUUUUAACAAGGUUGGUAGGUAUGUAAAAAUUGAACGAAUACAUGUAAAGAGGCAACUUCGGAAGGUAGAAAACAACCUCAUCACCAAUAGCAAAAUCCCACAAAAAGAAACAGCAAAAAGAGGAGCUCUUGAAGUCAAUGAAGAGACACACAGGUUCAGAUAAACCAGCGCUUGGUCAAAAAUCAGGUAACUCCCAAGCAAAAGCCAACAUACUGCAAGAUUUGUUUCCAUCUGGUAAAUGCCCCAAGAACACAGGGUUUUCUUUGUCAUCUGAAUCAGCCGAGGUUGAAAAAUGGGGUAGUCCAAGGAAAAAACUCUUACUUAGAGAAGGCAAAAAUAUUCCUUGCAAGCGCGUUAUGAGGGAGGAGACAGCUCAUAGUAAAGUACCUGAAAGCAAGGGCAAAAGGGACACCAUGGUGUUGAGUGAUGAAAAUGAAGAGAAUUGGCACAGUCCUCCAAAGUAUAAGAAAAAAAACAUCAGCAAUGCUAAUAGAAAAAGAUCUCUGUCACUUGCAAAAUCACAGGCUGAGAUUUGGUUACAAAUCGAAUCUGAAACCUGCCACACACCUUUUAAAAACUUCCAACACAGUCAUUACAAACGGUUUCUUCACCUCAGUCCACAAAAUACGUUUCCACUUCUGUGCAAGCUCAAUGUUGAAGAUCAGGUCCUGGUAGAGCAGAUUGUAGAUGGGAAUCCUGAUGAGGAUUCCUUACCUAUAAUGAUGAUAGUCCUCUUUAUUUCACUGCAUUCGCUAAGCUCUUGCAGACUUUAGCUUUGUCUUCUGAUGUUGUUGACGCUUGCUUUUCACCUCUCGAAGAAAAGUAUGGGAACCGAAACACAUACAUCGGCUACCACACCACUGGCAAACAUAUAUUUUUCGAAGAAUUGCGUGAAGAUAUGUCCGUCAAUAGAGAUUCCACCUUGAAAUACAAGCUAAUUAUCCUUCCUGUUCAUACACCACAACAUUGGUCUUUGGCUGUUGUAAACACUGCUGAAGGAAGUUUCAGCUAUAUCGACCCAUCUCUGGCAUCUCUCCCGACCAAGCAAAGAAAAUGCUUUGGUCUUUUAAGAAAUACAUAAAGUUUUACAACACCACAUUUCAGGAGAAUGUCGAACUUCGUCUUCGCGUAGUGGAUAUGGAAUUCCAGACUCAAGGUGAUUCUGUUAAUUGUGGAGUUUUCAUCAAGUACGCCGAAACAAUUCUUAGUUCUUCUCCAUUUCAAGAAUUUGACCCAACCAGUUAUCGCGUUGAAUUAGCUCGUUCUUCGCAGAGAAGGGGUCGGUUGUUGACAGCGGUUUUUCACCAAAUUACACUUUUUUGGGGUUUAUAAGCCAUUUAGGCCCCAAUGCUGCCGGUUAAAAUUCAUCCGACACCUGAAAUGGAUAGUACUCACCCAGACGAAUCCAGCGGUACCCUCAUUUCAAUUUUAACCGGCAAGAUUCGGUUGUUGGCAGCGAUUUUUAACCAAAUUACUCUUUUUGGGGUUUAUUAGCCAUUCAGGCCCCAAUGCUGCCGGUUAAAAUUCAUCCGACACCUGAAAUGGAU